AUGCUAGAGGGUCGCUUGUCCAACCAGGAGCGGACACUGGCGGCUCUGCUCCAGCAGGCAUUGCAGAUAAAGGAUGAUAUGGUGGCCAGCCUGCGGUCCACUCAUGGCUCACUGCUGGCUGAGUCAUCAUCCAGAGGGCUCCUGGAGAACCACAUCCACACCAUCACUCACAUCGUCAAACAGCUCAGCGCUGACAUUCAGGUGCUUGAGACUCAGAUCGCCCAGAGAGACGUGGCUGCAUCAGGCACCUCGCUCACCGUACAGAACCUGGACCAGAAGAACCUGGCUGGCAUCGGAGACCUCCGGGGCAGAGUGGCCAGGUGUGACGCCAGCAUCACUACGCUCUCUGGGGAUGUGAGCGCGGGCUCAAAGGACGUCCUCCGACUGCAGCAUGAGAUCCUGGAGAUCCGCUCUCAGCUGGAGCUUCGCCUGAAGGACAUGCAGUUGAAGUUGUCUCAGGCUAUGAUGAAACUAAAGAGCACACAAGCAGAGCAGCUACUCGUGCAGAAGAACACCAGUGGAGAUUUAACCAAGGAGAUUCAGCGCUUGCAUGUGAAAGCGUCUGAGGACGUGAGGGAGCUGCAACAGGACGCUGCCAGACUGAGGAGGUGGACGGAGCAGCAGCUGCAGAUGACUGUGCAGGCACAAGCACACGGCAGCGAGCAGCUCAGCUCACUCAUGCAAGACAGACUGGGGGAGGUGGAGGGGAGGUGCAACAAGCAGCUCGGCCUCCUCUCAGCUCGACUGGAGGCUGUGGAGGCUGGGCUGGAGCAGGAAUCCUCCGAGGAGCGGCUCAAACGCUCGGAAAGCAAACACAAGGCUCACCUCGGCAGCCUGGAGAAGAGCCUGAGACAAGAGUUGGACGACGUCAGGAGCGAGUACCGCUCUGGUGAGUUCCGCUGCAGCAGCCUGUAUUAG